CCUCAUGGUUCCGCUCAAAUAAAGCGACCACCGCUCAUCCUUUCGCGUCGGCUCCCCGUUCGCUCGCGCGGCUUCGAGAGAAUGGCGUCGCCGCAACCGGAAAACCCUAAAGAAGAUCUUCUCAAAAAGAUUCGCAGCCAUGAGGUCGCGAUCAGCGAGCUCAACAAUCUCCCUCCCUCUCGAGAAUCUGGUCAACCAGGAGAAAGGGUGUGCGACUACAAGUCCGUUUCUCCAAGGUCUUUGAAAUCAGGCCAAAAUUUAUGUCACAUUGAAAUCCAAGGCUGCGUAUCAAAGAAAUUGCAAUAUAUUCUUCCGUAGAAACAUAAAAACGGCAAUCGCAUUUGAACAGAGUAUGCACUCUCUAGAAUCCUUAUGCCUAGCUACUUAAAAUUAUGUAUACUAUUUCUGAUUAUGCUGUCUAAUGUUGGCCAGAACAACUUGACUCCUCGAAAUCGCAACUACAAAAGCUUAAUGUAGAUUUAUAAUCCCCUACAUCCAAGAUGGCACAUGCAAAGUAUGUGAUUUCGAUGUACAAGUCUUAAAUGUGUGACAUUCUUAUGUCCUGCCAUAUUAUUUUCCUUUGUAAAUCCUUAAUAGCUUGUGGUAUCAUUUUUUUCCCUUUUUGUAGAUUGAAUCUUCAUAAAUAUCAGUAUCAUCAUCUCUUUUAUUAGAAUGUAGUUAAAACAGGAGGAACUUACUAGAUGCUGACGGUUUCCGCCGAGGCCAUUUACAAGAGAUGUGCAAAGCGGCAUGCACUCAGAAAUCAUAAUGUUCCCUAGCAGUGACAUCAUUGGUUCGGUUUUUUGUGCAAGUGUUAGCUAAUAUCAUUGUCAUGUUUAUUGUACUAUUUGAAAUAUGAAAAACUAAACCAAUUAGACUUA